AUGGGUUCAAAGCGUGAUGCAGAUGUUCAUGAUCGGAAUCCUGCGAGCUCAACAGGCAUAGUAAAAGUUUCUGCCGUGAUGCAUUUCGCCAUACCGCCUGUGUGGAUGAGGGACCCAAUGGCAUCCGUCUUGGAUCAGUUAGAUACCCUUGUGAUGCGUUUUCUUCCGCCUUUGGAAGGCGUCCUCAUUGCACAUUCACAUGCUAGGUUUUUGUAUCCAUUGGGCAGCAUUGAUGGUGACUCGGCCUUUGCUGAGGUGCCUGUGCGUUUCACUGGCAUCGUGUGGCGACCGGAGAUUGGAAUGAAACUUCAAGGCACAAUCACUCUCUGUUCGCCGAGUCAUGUUUCAUUGCUACUAUACGACACCUUUAAUGCAGCCAUCUCUGCCCCCCACAUUCCCGCAUCUAUGUGGGAGUUCGUUUAUUACAGUGAUGUGGGCGAAGUGCAACGAGUCGAUGCAAAAGAUCGCAGCGUAGGGUUUUGGCGAAACAAAGAGUCCGGUGAGCGACUAGGUGGCAAAAAUCAUAUGCUUCAAUUUUCUGUCAUUAGCAUGACUGUCGCGAACCAGAUGCUGUCGUUGCAUGGCAGCCUGUUGCAGGAUCCAUUCAGUGUGCCGCCGCCACGGCCUGGUACACUGUCAUUUGACCAGGCGAUGGGAACCAUGGAGCCUAUGGACGAAGAAACAAAUGAAGAGGUGCCAAUGCCACGACGUGUGCGUUGGGAGGACUCGGAUGAAGAGGAUGAACAGAAGGACGACCAACAGCAAGACAAUAAUUUGGUAGAAGGCGUGGUGGAAAACGAGACAGACCCCGAACAUGGCAAUAAUCAGAUGAAUGGAGAAAACAAUCAGAGGUCUAUGGAGAAUGAGGUGUCGCAAGAACAAGGACCCUUGGCAACCGGAAGCUUGGAGGACGACGAGAGUACAUCAAAGAUCAAGAAAAAAGAUCGAAAGAAGGAAAAGGAGAAAGAAACAAUAAGCGCGAAAGAAAUGAAGGGGGAGAAGAAAAAGGACAAAAAAGCAAAGAAAAAGGAUCAGUCCGAACAUGGAGCAAAGGACGCUUCUUCCGAACCAAAGAAAACUAAGGGAUCAAAAGAAAAGAGCCGAAAGCAUAAACACCACGACGCAGAAAAGGAAAGCGAGUCCGCAAGUAGCAAGCGCUCGCGCCGAGAUGCUUAA